GUGCUUGGCCAACAUUUGUUCUGCGGUGGAGAACACCUCGCACACGUCACACAGGAGGAAGAACAAAAUAAGAUGGCGUCUGGCGGAGAAUACGUUGUUUUGGUUAUUAUGGUUUCUAGGUAUUAAUUACAACGUACAUGUGCUCAUGUGUGUCGUUUAACGGAGUAAACGUCGUUAUUAAUUGUUUGCAUGCGGAUACAUUAGUCUGAGUGCACUUUGAAGUGUUGGCCUAGCCUGCUGGUUAGCUUAGCUUGUUAGCUGCUAACAAACAGAGGCGGAAGUGAUCGACACAUCAAAGCAGAGAUCCAAUGUCGGGUCGCGGGGGCAGCAGCCUAAGCAGGGAAGCCCAGACUUUCCUCUCCCCAGCCGCUUCGUCCAUCUCGUCCGAGGGGAUCCCGAGGCGUUCCCAGGCCAGCCGGGAGACAUAGUCUACCCAACGAGUCCUGGGUCUUCCCCGUGGCCUCCUACAGGUCGGACGUGCCCUAAACGCCUCCCUAGGGAGGCGUUUGGGUGGCAUCCUGACCAAAUGCCCGAACCACCUCAUCUGGCUCCUCUCCAUGUGGAGGAGCAGCAGCUUUACUUUGAGCUCCUCCCGGAUGACAGAGCUUCUCACCCUAUCUCUAAGGGAGAGCCUUAUUUCGGCCGCUUGUACCUGUGAUCUUGUCCUUUCGGUCAUAACACAAAGCUCAUGACCAUAGGUGAGGAUGGGAACGUAGAUCGACCGCACCGAUCCGCCUGUCAAACUCAUAAUCCUCUGUUCUCUCACUCGUGAACAAUACUCCUAAGUACUUGAACUCCUCCACUUGGGGAUGGGAAUUCCACCCUUUUCCCGACGAGAACCUUGGACUCGGACUCGGAGGUGCUGAUUCUCAUCACAAUCGCUUCACACUCGGCUGCGAACCGAUCCAGUGAGAGCUGAAGAUCCUGGCCAGUUGAAACCAUCAGGACCAAAUCAUCUGCAAAAAGCAGAGACCUAAUCCUGCAGCCACUAAACCGGAUCUCCUUGACUGCGCCUAGUAAUUCUUUCCAUAGAAGUCCAACCCUCACUGGAAAAGUGUCCGACUUACUGCGGACCAAGUUCUGACACUGAUCAUACAGGGAGCGGAUUGCCACAAUCAGACAGUCCGAUACCCCAUACUCUCUAAACACUCCCCACAGGACUUCCCGGGGUACACGGUCGAAUGCCUUCUCCAAGUCCACAAAGCACAUGUAGACUGGUUGGGCAAACUCCCAUGCACCCUCAAAGACCCUGCCGAGAGUAUAGAGCUGGUCUACAGUUCCACGACCAGGACGAAAACCACACUGUUCCUCCUGAAUCCGAGGUUCGACUAUGCGGCAUAAACUCCUCUCCAGUACACCUGAAUAGACCUUCCCGGGAAGGCUAAGGAUGCUUAUACAUAUUGACACAAAUAUAAAAAAAACACUAACCUUUUGACGGAUGCUUUUGCAAUUUUUCGAUUUGAUCUUUCACAACACCUAGUGGCCACAAUAAUUAAUGAAGUCAAGCUCCUGCCUUACAAAGUUGAACGAGGAGGACACGUUUGUUACUGGAUACUUUCUAUCAGACUUCUGUUUUGGAAACUUUGUGUACGUAUUAAGCAAAUAUAUUUAUUUAAUAUGCUUAAAUGUGCUGUUUUAGCUUAGCUGUUGUGUAGCUGCUAGCUCCUCCAAAGUGCAGCCCAUAGCUAUGUUUUUAAAACGGGGAGUGUUGAAAAUGUGGUAUUUGCGUGUCGGUCCAAUCGGCGGCAGCUACGCCCUGUUUCGUCAUUGGACCUAAGUCUUUGGCUUGGUAGGCGGGUACAAGCCUACCAAGCCAGGUAGUACAAGCACGAGCAUGGAGGAGCCUUUGUUUAGGUGUCGCACCUUGGUGGUCGUGCCGUCAGGUAACACCAGGAAGGUUCCUUCUGUGAGAUAUUGACUGGUGUUUUUUUUUGUCCCUGGACUCCGACUUCAUAUCUGGUGUUGUCCUUCAGACCUUGGCCAAGAAGCCACGUGAACAGUGGCAAGAAUGUGGGCAAUAAGAGUGUAUGUGCGUGGGCAUGAACUUGCACCCAGUUUCAACUGGAACUCAGGACAUAUGAUUAGUUGCACGGCCUAUUCUAAUCUAUAUCAAAUUUUUCUUAAUCACUUCAACCUUCAUUAUCUUGAUCAUAUCCCAACUUUAGCUACCUGUAAAAAUGAGUGACUUAUCCUAGUCCAUUUGUAAAUAAAUAGUUUUCCUUGAUUAUAGUCUCCUCACUUGAACCAGACAGUCAUUAGGACAAAAGACCCUGCGAGGACUUUGCCCUUUAAAAGGGAAAGCCAAAAAGGACAGUAUUGGGAUGAAUUCAUCACAUUUACUUUGUGGCAUUUUCUGAUUAAUAUAUUCUGUUUUUGUUACUUGGGGCGGUAUAGUUUGGUUGGUAGAGUGGCCGUGCCAGCAACUUGAGGGUUCCAGGUUCGAUCCCAGCUUCUGCCAUCCUAGUCACUGCUGUUGUGUCCUUGGGCAAGACACUUUACCCACCUGCUCCCAGUGCUACCCACAUUGGUUUAAAUGUAACUUAGGUAUUGGGUUUCGCUAUGUAAAGCGCUUUGAGUCACUAGAGAAAAGCACUAUAUAAAUAUAAAUCACUUCACAUGAUAUCUUGUUGUUCUAUUUUCUAAUUUCAAGGGGAACUGCACUUUUUGGAAUCAUUCACAGUCCCUAUGUAAGUUAAAGUUAAGGUCCCAGCGGUAGUCACACACUAGGUGUCACGGCUCGGACACACACAAGUGCGCAAUCUGUCGGGAGCCGGGCUGCGCGCGUCAUCCGGCGCGCCUCUGACCACGCGCAUGUCACUCAAGCCGCGGCAGGCAGCUGCGCUCCAUCUGUAAUCAACGCAGCCGGCACUAAUGAAAGAGAGGAGUACAAGAACCCCCGCCACCAGUGAUCCUUUGCCAGAACGUAGCAACUGUACCCUCCCUGUGUGCGUUCCCGAGCCACGCUGUGUGUCGUGUGCUUUUUGGAUUCCCCUUGUCUUCCUCUGGCUUCCUGGUUUUCGAUCCCUUGCUCGCCCCCGGACAAACGACGACUCUCUCCUGCCUUUCGACCACGCUUCUGCCUUGGACUUCCCUACCUGCCUUGCCCGCGCCUGACAGCUCAGCUCCUCUCAACACGCACCUCCAACACUUGCGACGUCUGUGAAGAACAUCUUUACCCUGAGCAACAGAAGUGGAGCUUCAGGAUGCAGACGGAGGAGCCACAGCCCUCCCACAUUAAGAAGGAAGAGGAAUGCUCACAGACCACUCACAUCAAAGAGGAAGAGGAGGACACACUGACAUCCCAUUUUAAAGAGGAAGUGGUGGAUCCACUGAGCCCUCACAUUAAGGAGGAAAAGGUGGAUCCACCUACAUCCCUUUUUAAAGAGGAAAAGGAGGACCCACUGACACCCCAUUUUACAAAGGAAUCGGUGGAUCCACUGACCCCUCACAUUAAGGACGAAGAGGAGGACCCACUGAGCCCUCACGUUAAAGAGGAAGAGGAGGAACACAGCAUCAGUCAGCAAGGAGAGCAUCUUGAAGAACUGGAAGAGGUUGAUGUCACCAACAUGCCAGUGACUGGUGUCCCUAUGAAGAGUGAAGGUGAUAAGGUCAAAGGUGAGAGUGAGGAGAAGAGAGAGGCGGAGCCUCCAAGCAGCAGCUCAACACAACACAUGACAACAGAAGCUGAUGGAGACCACUGUGGAGGAUCACAAGCAGACAAGCUCUUAGCUCCACUAUCAGAUAGUGAGGACACAACGUCACACUCUCCUGACACUGAUGAUGAAGACUCUAAAGAUGAUAAGACAUGUCACACUGACAACACUCACUUCAAGUGUUCUCUCUGUGACAAAACUUUUAAAUCUCUUCGUAAUAUGAAAAGACACACGAUAACACACACUGGAGAAAAACCUCUUUCAUGUUCAGUCUGCGGUCAAGGUUUAACUCAUAGGCACUAUUUGAAAGUACACAUGAGAAUUCACACUGGAGAAAAACCCUUUUCUUGCUCAGAAUGCGGUAAAAGUUUUGUAAGAAAUGAAAGUUUAAAAGCACACAUGAGAACACACACUGGAGAAAAACCUUUUUCAUGUACAGUCUGCGGUAAAUAUUUUGCUCAUAAGCAACAUUUGGAAAUACACAUGAGAAUACACACUGGAGAAAAACCUUUUUUCUGCUCAGAAUGUGGUAAAAGUUUUGUAAGAAAUCAAAAUUUAAAAGAACAUUUGAGAACACACACUGGAGAAAAACCUUUUUUAUGUACAAUCUGCGGUAAAGAUUUUACUAAUAGUAAACAUUUGAAAAGACACAUGAGAACACACACUAGAGAAAAACCUUUUUCGUGUUCAAUCUGUGGUAAAGAUUUUACUCAGAGGGACGAUUUAAAAAAACACAUGAGAAUACACACUGGAGAACAACCUUUUUCAUGUUCAAUCUGUGCUAAAGAUUUUACUCGGAGGCACCAUUUAAAAAAACACAUGAGAAUACACACUGGAGAACAACCUUUUUCAUGUUCAAUCUGUGGUAAAGAUUUUACUCAGAGGGACCAUUUAAAAAUACACAUGAGUACACACAGUGGAGAAAAACCUUUUUCCUGCUCAGAAUGUGGUAAAGCUUUUUUACGAAGAAGCAAUUUGAAAAGACACAUGAUAACACACCCAGGAGAGAAAGUGUUGAGUUGCAGUGUGUGUGGUGAAAGAUUCUCUUAUAAGUACCAGUGUAAGAAACACAAGUGUGCUGGUGAGAACAGCAGCAGCAAAUGAAAAUGCAGGAUUAGAAAUAAACUGUCAAAACUUAACUUUGACCUUCUAACAACAUCAGCACAUAGAGUCUAACAUUUAUAGAUUAGAUAUAGAUUUUUGCUUUUUUCAGUCAAGUACAUGUUUUAAUAUACAUUGUGUACUUUUAUUUAAAAAUGAAGGCAACACUUUGACUGUCAAGGUGAGAAUAAACAGGACAAAACAUGUUGCAAAUACUUUUUAUGUGUAUAGAAAUAUUCAGAAAUCAUUUUUAAUUAUUUAUGAUGUUAUAGAUAAAAUCCUUUAUAUGAUGUACAUAUGGAGCCUGCGGCUUAAUUUGACUCAGCACGGGGAACCUUACCUGGCCCGGACACGGAAAGGAUUGACAGAUUGAUUUUUUGAUUUUUUGUUCAUACCUUUGCUUUUGAGUACACAUAAAUCCCUCUUAGGUCAUAUUUACUGGUUCACAUCUGAAACAUCUUCUGGACCACUUCUGAAAGCAUCUUAUUUUUUACUUUAUACAAGAUCAUUUACUUUUAAAAUGUGUGACUUUAUGAAUCAUUUGUUGGGUCUUGGUCCAUUAUUUUAAUUAUCCUUAUUACUCUCUUUUGUAAUAUGAAUAUUGUUUUAUAUGUAUGUCCCCUUUAUGCAAUAUGUAGAUUAGAGGAAAUAGCAACAUUAUAUGUGGACGGUUAUGAAGGAUAGUUUUGUUUUUAAUAAUCUACAUUUCUUAUUAAAAAAAAUACACGACAA